GUGGGUGUAGAAAGGCCUGAGUUGGAGCGUCUCCUGAAUGUCUUUCAUCUGUGAAGUUCAAGGCACUUUGUAGAACUUUCUGCUUUUGGCCGCGCAUGGGUCUUGCAGCACAUGUGUAAGCACUGGCUGUCAUCCAGAAGAAAUCGGUGAUUGUUGGUGAUGGAGCCCAUGGCCACACUUGCAUGCUUCUCCUUGUUUGAGAACUACGUGGCAGACACUGAAGUGGAUGGAAAGCAGGUCAAGUUGGCUUUGUGGGACACAGCUGGGCAGGAGGGUUAUGAUGGCUUGAGACCCCUCUCCUCCCCAGACACUGAUGUUAUCCUGAUGAGUUUCUCCAUUGACAGCCCUGAUGGUUUAGAAAACAUCCCAGAAACAUGGACUCCGGGAGUCAAGUGUUUCUGUCCCAGUAUGCCCAUCAUCCUGGUUGGGAACAAAAAGAAUUUUGGAAAUGAUGAGCACACAGGGCAGGAGCUAGCCAAGAUGAAUCAGGAGCUGGUGAAACCGGAAGAAAGCAGGAGGAUGGCAAACAGGAUUGGCGCUUUUGGGGACAUGGGGUGUGCAGCAAAGACCAUAGAUGGAGUGAGGGAGGUUUGGAAAUGGCCACGGGAGCUGCUCUGAAAGCCAGACGUGGGAAGGAAAGAAAAACCUGAGUGCCUCUUUUUGUGAACCUGCUGCAAGUACAGCCCUCAUGCAGUCCG